UGUGUGUGUGUGUGUGUGUGUGUGUGUGUGUGUGAUCACCAGCACCAAAUGAGCAGGAUGGUGGUGAGAUAUUGGAUCUCAGCUCUUAGGCACAAGAAUGCCCAUGAGUUUGUGUGGUACCUACCUGGGCUCUGCCACCCAGACGUUGCUCUCGGUUCCCGAGGGCACAGCCAUGUUUGAGGUCUAUGGGACACCCGGUGUGGACAUCUACGUGUCACCCAGCUUUGAGAGGAGCCGAGAGCGAGCUGACACCAGGCGGUGGUGUUUCAACGAGGGGCUGGAAAUCAUUGUGGUCAUGAACUCCCCUAGCAAUCACCUCAACGACAGUCAUAUUCAGAUAGCCUACCACUCCAGCCACGAGCAGUUGCCCCUGGCCUAUGCGGUACUCUACCUCACCUGUGUGGACAUCACUCUGGACUGUGGCGUGGAUUGUGAGGACCGACAGGACAGGAGCUUCGUGGAUAAGAGGCAGUGGGUGUGGGGCCCUGACGGGUAUGGAGCCAUCUUGCUGGUGAACUGUGAUCGGGAUGAUGUGGGCUCUGAUGCCCAAGAUAACUGUGACCAACAUGUGAACUGCCUGCAAGAUCUGGAAGACAUGUCCAUCAUGGUCCUACGGACCCAGGGACCUGAAGCCCUCUUUGACGACCACAAACUUAUCCUCCACACCUCCAGCUGUGAUGCAGAAAGGGCACGGGUCUUCCACGUCUGUGGUCCUGAGGAUUCCUGUGAGGCCUAUAAGUGUGUCCUGGGACCAGACAGGGUGUCCUACGAGGUACCCCGCCUCAAUGGCGACGAGGAGCGCUUCUUUGUGGAGGGCCUCUCCUUCCCUGAUGCGGGUUUCCCAGGGAUCAUCUCCUUCCACGUCACCCUGCUGGAUGACUCCAAUGAGGACUUCUCCGAGACCCCAAUCUUCACGGACACUGUGGUGUUCCGGGUGGCGCCCUGGAUCAUGACACCCAGCACCCUGCCACCCCGGGAGGUGUACGUGUGCAGUGUGAGAAAUAACACGUGCUUUGUGGAGGCCGUGGAGGAGCUGGCCAGGAAGGCAGGCUGCAAACUCACCAUCUGUCCUCAGGCGGAGAACCGCAAUGACCGCUGGAUCCAGGAUGAGAUGGAGCUGGGCUACGUGCAGGCGCCACACAAGACUAUGCCCGUGGUCUUUGAUUCCCCCAGGAACGGGGAACUGCAGGGCUUCCCUUACAAACGGAUCCUGGGUCUAGAUUUUGGCUAUGUGACUCGGGAGCCUCGAGACAGCUCUGUGAGUGGCCUGGACUCCUUUGGCAACCUGGAGGUCAGCCCGCCGGUGGUGGCCAAUGGAAAGGAGUACCCCUUGGGGAGGAUCCUCAUCGGGGGCAACCUGCCUGGGUCGAGAGGCCGCAGAGUCACCCGGGUGGUCCGAGACUUCCUCCGUGCCCAGAAGGUGCAGCCCCUGGUGGAGCUCUUUGUGGACUGGCUGGCUGUGGGCCAUGUGGAUGAGUUUCUGAGUUUCGUCCCUGCACCAGACAGGAAGGGCUUCCGGCUCCUUCUGGCCAGCCCCAGUGCCUGCUUCAGGCUGUUCCAGGAAAAGCAGAAGUGGGGUCAUGGCAGGUCCCUCCUUUUUGAGGGAGUCAUUGGUGACAGGCGGGUCAAGACCAUCUCCAUCAAUCAGGUCCUUUCCAACCAGAACCUUAUCAACUUUAAUAAGUUUGCCCAGAGCUGUAUCGACUGGAACCGGGAGGUGCUGAAGCGGGAGCUGGGCCUGACGGAGGGCGACAUCAUUGACAUCCCGCAGCUCUUCAAGACGGAGAGGAGGAAGGCCGUGGCUUUCUUCCCCGACCUGGUGAACAUGCUGGUAUUGGGCAAGUACCUGGGCAUCCCCAAGCCCUUCGGGCCCAUCAUCAAUGGCCGCUGCUGCCUGGAGGAGAAGGUGCGCUCCCUGCUGGAGCCGCUGGGCCUACACUGCACCUUCAUCGAUGACUUCACACCCUACCACAUGCUGCACGGGGAAGUUCACUGUGGCACCAAUGUGCGCCGGGAGCCCUUCGCCUUCAAGUGGUGGCACAUGAUACCCUGAGCCACGCCCGUCCCGCAUCCUUCCCCUGGGAUGGGGCAUCCACCCAGGCGAUGGAGACUGAGACGGACCCCUGAGCAACAGGCACCAAGAGACUCCCAUUUUCUACAUGGAAUGCCCAGGGUGACCCAUUCCCCUCAGAAGCCUUGUCUCUUGAAGUGUCUGCAAUCACCUGCAGCCCAUUCAGUCCCCAGGAAUGAAUCCUCUUGGUUCCCCCCAAAGAAGGGCCUCUCAUGUAGAUCAACAUGACCAUGGGAUACCCCUAAAUACCAUCCCUACACAGUCCAAAACUCCUCUGUGGGUACAUCCACUUGGGUGUCUAGAAGUGUUGGCACAUUGUCUCGUCAGCAGCUUGGCCUGUGUUUCCUAUGGUGGAAGGCCCCAUUGCCUCCUGUCCUACAGAGGAUGACUGUAAAGUCAGAAUAGUCCACAUAAAACAAGAGAGAUUCCACCCACCUCACCCCCCAGGAAGCUCUUGGGGGUCCAUUAGGUCAAAGUGUGACCAUCAUUCCCACUGCAAGUUCCCGGCCAGGACCCACCUCUGUCCCACCCAACCUAAGCUAUACACAGUAGGCACCUCUGUGAACUGUUGUCACACGGUGGGCGCCUCUGUGUGCUGUCACACAGUGGGUGCCUCUAGAUGCUCUGAGAAUGGCAGUUAUUCAUUUUAGCUUUAUACACUCCCCAUCAUCUGAUGUUUGAGAACCUGGUUGUCCAAAUCCUCUUGGAGGGGAAGUGACUGAAGGGCUGUUGGUGCUUAGGAAGACUGACUUCCGGUGGAGAGUGUCUUUCCUAAGACACAGGAUUGACUGUGGUGGUCCCACUGUCUGGAGGAGGAGGGUCAGCUGGCCUGGGGUAGAAGAGACCACUGGCUGACCUAGCCCUACACCUUCUGCCAAUAUGCCUGUCCUGCAAGAGAGGCCAGGGAGCCCAACCCCAGGCGCCACCAAGGCAGAACUCAGUGGGACAGUUGAACCUCUCCACAUACAGGGAGAAGGGAGGGGCCUGGCUGUCUCAAGAUGUGUGUUCUGUGGUCCAGCUGGCCAAUAAAUCAGCAGAAA